AUGAGUUCCGACGCGGAAAUGGAGGUUUUUGGUGCGGCUGCUCACUAUCUCCGCAAAACGGAGAAAGAGCGGAUUGAAGCACAGAAUAAACCAUUCGACGCGAAAACAGCUUGUUAUAUCUAUGACCCUGUUGAUUUGUAUGUACCAAGUACAAUCAAGAGCAGGGAAGGUGGCAAAGUCACAGUGGAAACUAUUAAUAAAAAGACAGUUACUGUCAAAGAAGAUCAAGUCUUCGCAAUGAACCCUCCAAAAUUCGAUAAAAUCGAGGAUAUGGCCAUGUUGACCCAUUUGAAUGAAGCGUCCGUGUUGUUUAACCUCAAAGAUCGUUACUCAGCAUGGAUGAUCUAUACCUACUCUGGGUUAUUCUGUGUCACGGUGAACCCCUACAAAUGGUUGCCAGUGUAUGAUCCUGCAGUUGUAACGGCUUACAGAGGCAAAAAGCGACAGGAAGCCCCUCCUCACAUCUUCUCCAUCUCUGACAAUGCCUAUCAGUUCAUGUUGACUGAUCGUGAGAACCAGUCCAUUCUGAUUACCGGAGAAUCCGGUGCAGGGAAGACUGUGAACACGAAACGUGUCAUUCAGUACUUUGCGUCUAUUGCAGCCAGUGGCGAUCUCCACAAGAAAAAGGAUUCUAAGAUGCACGUUGGAACCCUGGAGGAUCAAAUCAUCCAAGCAAAUCCACUGCUUGAAGCUUUUGGUAAUGCCAAGACAAUGAGAAACGACAAUUCAUCUCGCUUUGGUAAAUUCAUCAGAAUUCAUUUUGGAGCUACAGGGAAAUUGGCUUCUGCUGAUAUUGAGACCUAUCUGCUAGAAAAAUCUCGUGUAGUCUUCCAGUUGAAAGCUGAAAGAAGCUACCAUAUUUUCUACCAGAUCACAUCGAAUAAGAAGCCAGAACUAAUUGAAAUGUUGCUCAUCACCACCAACCCAUAUGACUUUCCAUUUGUCAGUCAGGGAGAGAUAACUGUACCAAGUAUUGAUGACCAAGAUGAAUUAAUGGCUACUGAUGAAGCCAUUGACAUCCUGGGUUUCACCUCUGAGGAAAAAGCAUGUAUCUACAAACUCACUGGUGCAGUAAUGCACUAUGGUAACCUUAAGUUCAAGCAGAAGCCAAGAGAGGAACAAGCUGAACCUGAUGGCACUGAAGUUGCUGACAAGGCUGCUUACCUAAUGGGCUUGAAUUCUGCAGAAUUGUUAAAAUCUUUGUGCUUUCCAAGAGUAAAGGUUGGAAAUGAGUAUGUUACCAAAGGGCAAACGGUACAACAGGUUCACUAUGCAGUUAGUGCACUGGCAAAAGCUGUGUACGAUAAGAUGUUUUUGUGGAUGGUUUCACGGAUCAAUCAGCAAUUAGAAACAAGACAACCCAGACAAUAUUUCAUAGGUGUGCUGGAUAUUGCAGGUUUUGAAAUCUUUGAAUUCAACAGCCUAGAACAGUUAUGUAUCAACUUCACUAAUGAGAAGCUGCAGCAGUUCUUCAACCAUCACAUGUUUGUUCUGGAACAAGAAGAGUACAAGAAGGAAGGAAUUGAAUGGGAAUUCAUUGACUUUGGUAUGGAUCUGGCUGCUUGCAUUGAGCUCAUUGAAAAGCCAAUGGGAAUCUUCUCAAUCCUGGAAGAGGAGUGCAUGUUCCCCAAGGCCUCUGACACUUCUUUCAAGAAUAAACUAUAUGAUCAGCAUCUUGGAAAGUCAAACAACUUCCAGAAACCAAAGCUUACCAAAGGGAAGACUGAAGCUCACUUCUCAUUGAUCCACUAUGCUGGCACCGUGGACUACAAUGUCAAUGGCUGGUUGGAAAAGAACAAGGACCCUCUGAAUGAAACUGUUGUUGGUCUGUAUCAGAAAUCUUCAGUGAAGCUUCUAGCAACACUCUUCGCUGCCUAUACUGGUGAAGAUUCUGCUGCGCCUAAGAAAAGUGUUAAGAAGAGGGGCUCUUCUUUCCAAACUGUGUCUGCACUAUUUAGGGAAAAUCUGAAUAAGCUAAUGACCAAUCUAAGAAGCACUCAUCCACACUUUGUACGUUGUAUCAUCCCCAAUGAAACUAAGACUCCAGGUGUGAUAGAGAAUCAAUUGGUCAUUCAUCAGUUGAGAUGCAAUGGUGUGUUGGAAGGCAUUAGGAUUUGCAGAAAGGGAUUUCCAAGCAGAAUCCUUUAUGCUGACUUUAAACAAAGAUACAAACUCUUAAAUGCAAGUGCCAUACCGGAAGGACAAUUUAUUGACAGCAAGAAGGCUUCUGAGAAGCUGCUAAGCUCCAUUGAUGUUGAUCAUAACCAGUAUCGGUUCGGCCAUACUAAGGUAUUUUUCAAGGCUGGUCUCCUGGGUAUUCUAGAAGAAAUGAGAGAUGACAAAUUGGCCCAAAUCAUCACACGCACACAAGCCAUUUGCCGUGGUUUUCUAAUGAGAGUUGAAUUUCGGAAGAUGGUGGAGAGAAGGGAUGCCAUCUUCACUAUCCAGUACAACAUCCGUGCAUUCAUGAACGUCAAGCAUUGGCCGUGGAUGAAACUGUUCUUCAAGAUCAAGCCUCUUCUGAGGAGUGCAGAAACUGAAAAGGAAAUGGCAAACAUGAAAGUGGAAUUUGAGAAGACUAAAGAAGCACUCGCUAAAUCAGAAGCGAGAAGGAAGGAAUUGGAAGAAAAAAUGGUUAGCCUGCUUCAAGAAAAAAAUGAUUUACUGCUUCAAGUUCAGUCAGAAGCAGAGGGCCUGGCAGAUGCAGAAGAAAGGUGUGACCAGCUCAUCAAAAGCAAAAUUAAUUUAGAAGCCAAGGUCAAGGAACUCAAUGAAAGACUGGAGGAUGAAGAGGAAUGUAAUGCAGAGUUGACAUCCAAGAAGAGAAAACUAGAAGAUGAAUGCUCUGAGUUAAAGAAGGAUAUUGAUGACCUGGAACUCACACUAGCCAAAGUUGAAAAGGAAAAGCAUGCCACCGAAAACAAGGUUAAGAAUCUUACAGAAGAAAUGGCUUCCCUCGAUGAAAGCAUUAUCAAAUUAACAAAGGAGAAGAAAGCCCUCCAAGAAGCUCAUCAGCAAACUCUUGACGAUCUCCAGGCUGAGGAGGACAAAGUUAACACCUUAACCAAAACCAAAGCUAAAUUGGAACAACAAGUAGAUGAUCUUGAAGGUUCUCUAGAACAAGAGAAAAAGCUUCGCAUGGACCUUGAGAGGAUAAAGAGGAAGCUUGAAGGGGAUUUGAAGCUGGUUCAGGAAUCAGUAAUGGACUUAGAAAAUGACAAACAGCAAUUGGAAGAGAAAGUGAAGAAGUAA